AUGGCUAAGAACAUAGCGAUAUUGUCAUUUUUACUGAUGCUUUUAGUGUUGUUUGAUGUAACAAUAGGCACUCAAAUUUAUAGAGUUGGAGAUUACUUUGGUUGGAACAAUAGUACCAAGAUUGAUUACUCAAAAUGGUCUGCUUCAAAAGAUUUUCACGUCGGCGAUGUUCUUAUGUUCCAGUUCGAUCCCAACAACGAUAAUGUGUUCAGAGUUUCUGCGGAGGAUUUCGCAGGCUGCCGUGCGCCGUCACCGAUCGGCCUCCCCAGCGACGGCCAAGAGUUUUACGCUCUUGACAGUCCCGGCCGGUGGCACUUCAUCUGCAGCAUUCCCGGCCGCUGUGAAGCCGGCGAAAAGCUAGAAAUCGUGGUCCAUCCAUCGGUGUCUUCAGCCCCGUCGUCUCAGCCUUCGUCACCGGUACCUCCGACGACUAAUCCACCGGCCAUGGCUCCUGCUCCGACCCGGUCUCAUCAGAGUGAAAAUCAGCCGGCGCCGCCACCUCAAAAUAAUCCGUCGUCGUCCAGUUCAUCUCCGGCGGGUUCACCCCUUAAUGAAUCUCCGUCGUCAAGUGGUAAACUCAGUCCUGAUCAGUCGCCGUCAAAUUCUCCCGCCGACGAGAAAAGUGCCUCGGUUUCGGUACCGGCGAACGUAUGGGUGGCAGUGGUGGCCGUAGCGGUCUCUGUGUUUUCCAUUGAACGGCGCAACUACUAG